UUCGCUACGCACCUGUCUAUUCCCCAACAACUGGACUCCAACCUCCUCCUCGCACCCUCCUCGUCCCGUCGAAUCCAUCGAGGCGAGGGAAAAAAAGAGAGGAGAGGUUAGGGUUCCGAAUGGACUAUCCUGGAAGGUUCUAGAAGCGUACGCUCGUUGGGAGGGCUCCGGGCGGUGCGCUGCAGUGGUUGAUGGAGGAGGAGAAGGCCAGGGGGUUGUCCUCGGCGGCCUCGCCGCUGAUCCCGCCGACAUCCUCGGAGAUCGACCUCGAGGCCGGUGCCGGGGACCAGCUCCAGUGCCGGAUCUGCCUCGAGACCGACGGGAGAGACUUCAUCGCGCCCUGCAAGUGCAAGGGGACAUCCAAGUACGUGCACCGCGACUGCCUCGACCACUGGAGAGCGGUCAAGGAGGGAUUUGCAUUUUCUCAUUGCACCACCUGCAAGGCUCCUUAUUACUUGAGGGUUCAUGUCCACACUGACAGGAAAUGGCGAACGCUAAAGUUUCGUUUCUUUGUUACUAGAGAUAUAUUAUUCAUCUUUGCUCUAGUCCAGUUUGUUAUCUCUGCAUUGGCUUAUUUGGUACAUUUUAUUGAUGGGUACCAGCAAUAUUGGCUGAGGACGGCCUGGGGUUUCGAUAAUGAAGUUACUUUUUAUUAUAUAUGUGGAGCUUUGUUGUUUUUUGCUUUACUCGGGUUAUCAGGAUGCUUCAUAACGUGUUAUGACCGAAGAGUACGGAGUGACUUGGCUCAGCCUUGUCGAGAACUGUGCCUCUGUUGCUGCCAGCCAGGGAUGUGUGCAGAUUGCCAUCUUCCUGGCACACUUUGCAUGUGGACUGACUGCACCACAUGCUUUGAAGGCUGUGCAACUACAGCCGGGGAGUGUGGUGGUUGCUUGGGAGGUGCAGGGGAAGCAGGGUUACCAUUGCUCCUCAUCAUGGGAGUAAUCGUGCUCGGGCUCUUCACGGUUGUCGGCAUCUUCUAUAGCGUUCUGGUGGCAACUAUGGUAGGGCAGAGGAUCUGGCAAAGACACUACCACAUCCUUGCGAAACGAAUGCUAACAAAGGAGUACGUUGUGGAAGAUGUUGACGGUGAACGUGCAGAUUGGUCUCCGCCGCCACUCCCUGCAGAGCACGUCCAGCAGCUCAAAUCCCUGGGACUCCUAUAGCCCAUGACAUGGAGCUGAUGGCUGUUGAUGAUGACCUUAAGUUGAGGACCAGCACCACGCACUGCCCCAGCUGUACAGGAAGCACAUACUAAGCCGAUGGCAGGGCAUCUCUUGUAUCCGCAAUUUGCGCAGCCCAACAUGGUGCGAUAUCAUCGUUCCUUUUUGUACAUUGUAACAGGGAAACUUACCACGCCUUGAUUUUUAUACAAAUGAGUCAACUCGUGCCCGUCUUGUGCCAAGUUA